GAGGCAAGUCAGAGUGGGAGUGAAGGAGCACCAGACAGCAGGGUGGAGGGAGACGGAGAGAAAGAGGGGUGAGUGCAUGUGUUGCCAGAAAGAGAGAGGAUAGAAAGGCAGCGAGGGAACUCGAGGGAAACGACACUGUGAGAGGGACAACGUGCUGGAUAAUGGAGGUGCAGUCGGAGUGUGUGGAGCCUCCUGUGGCCCCUCAGUGUGACCCCCAGCCUGCGGGGAAGAUCAACAAAGCUGCCUUCAAACUCUUUGGAAAGCGACGCACUGGCUCUGGAAUGGCUAGCUUUUUCUCCUUCAGGAACAAAGGGACAACGAACAGCGGAAACAACGGAAAUUCGGACAAUGGCAAUUCUUUGAAUGGAAACAGCUCAACAGCAUCAGUGGACCUUGUGAGGAGCAAAACACAUGAUGGACUAACAGGCUCGAACAGCGAUGCAGAUGGACAGAGAGGGGAGGGCCCCGCUAGCCUUGAGGCAGGUCCAGUGAGGUCUCUCAGUAAAUCAUUGAGUUUCUUUUCUCUCCUGCGACGUGGGAGUUUUAGGUCAGGUGAAAAUGGAGGGGCGGGGAUUGUGAGGAGAGGGAGGGGCCUGAAGGGCUUUUUUAGCAGCAUGCGAUGGAGACGUAAAGAAAAAACAAAUGAAGCAGAAGGGGAAGAGGUUGAAGGUAAGAAGGAAAAGGAUGGGGCUGUUGCUGACUCUGAAAAGGUGAAGGACAUUACUCUCACCCUUGAACCACCACCACACCAUCAACAAGAAGACUGUGAAAAUGCAGAGGCAGGACCUGACAUCCAAGAAGCCAACACUCCCACCACCAAUAUUAUGACACCCACACACUGUAUUGCCAUGCCAGGACCAUCUGCUGCAACAGACUCCCCCUUUCCUUCGACGCCCAUUGAUUCACCAGUGCACCCUCCCGCCCACAAAAACAAAGUUUCCGUUUCCAGCCUCACCCCCUCCCUUGCUACCCCCCCUAUGGAUCGCUGCAGCACUGGUGAGCCACCUUCUGAGCCUUCAGUGGACAGAUUGUGCUCCCUCCUCUUCACUGAUGUCACAUCGCUUAAAAGCUUUGAUUCACUGACAGGCUGUGGUGACAUUAUUGCUGAUGCAGAUGAAGAAGGGCCAGUGGGCAAUGGAGGUAGUGGCACCAGUAGCAGCAGCAGUGGGGGUGGAGGAGGAAGUGUAGGACCAAGUGUUGGGAGAGUUGGUGGUAUCUCCAGUGCCACAUCCCAUGGCUCUCCAUCUAAACCUUCAAUACCGUCCCAGAUGACCCAGCCCAUGUUCUCCGUUUCCCUGAACUCAGCACCUGCCUCCCUUCCUGCUCGGACCCGAGUAACUCCCCCGCCACAACAGCACCCUGCUGGUAGUGGUGUGGUGGCCUACAUGGGUGGAGGGGAGGAAAUGGCAAGUCCAGAGGGAGUUGACGAUGCAGAUAUGCAAGGACUCUGGCACAUGCUCCCAUCUACUGGAGACAACUCCCCUGCAUUACCCAGACUGCAUCAAACUUUGUCAACAACCCCUACUUCCACUUAUCCCCCUCGUGCCGACCCUUCCAGCAGCCACUUUCCUUCAGCUCCCAGGUGUGCAGAAAGAAAGGGACCCCAGGUAAAGGCAUUGGGACUUAGUAAGAUUCCAGUAGUUGGUGGAGUGGGAAGCAGGGCCGCUAAACCCCCCCUUCCUCACGCACAUGGCCGUCACCCUACAUCACCUGGUGAAAAAGAACCCCUUAGUGAUGAAGGCUACUGGGAGACACCUUCUGCAACACCUACAGCAACACCUGACGAGAGUGGAUUACAGCGAAACCAGAAGAUUGCCCUAUCACGAGACAGUUGCUCCGGAGACCACCUCUAUGACCUCUACAAUGAUCUUGAAGAUGAAGGAGAGAAUCACGGGGGAGAUGAAGAUCUUGCCAGUACUCCCUCUCCAUCCACUGAAUACAAAAUGAGCCCCCCCUCCCAAGCAAGCCCCCCUUCCUCUUCAUCCUCUACUUCUUUUCGAUCAAUGAAAGGCAGCACCAGCCUUCCUAGAGAAUCCAAAAUCCCGGUGAGCACGAGGCAAACCUCACCUCCCCACUCUGUAAGCCAGACGGCCUUAUCGUCUGUUCUGGAGACGGAAUCCCCUCAGUCAAAGACCCAGGCAACCCCCUCGGCCCGCACCAGAAUCCCUGUCUCCAAGGUGCCUGUUCGCCGCUCUGGAAACAAACCUGGCAGCACAACCAGAGGAAAUUCACACAAGAAGUAGCUUUUAAUCAAGCUGAUGAUCCUACUGGACUUUUUAGGAUGCAUACAGUGCUGCUUGUGCAGAGCCAAAUCCCAGAUCAAGAAAAAUGUUGAGCUGCAGAGUUAGCAGCCUAUGAAUUCCUCUGAAAUCCCAAAAGCACUCAUUCCUUAGGUUUUUUGGCUUACAGGUGGCUUGACUAUAAUAAGUGGUUUUGUUCUCGCCAGAAAGUCACAAGAAAGCUGGGUUAACAUCUCACUGACCUCACUCGCACUUUGCAGGUUGAUUAUUGACAAUCCAUGGACUCGCAGAAGAUACAUUCAUCACGUUGUAAGUUCUUGGAAACGUUUCUGACCUGUUGAAUUUAACAGCCACUUUGAGGAAAUAAAGUAGAGCACCUUUUUAUCUUUAACAAUUUUUCUACAGAAAUCCACAUGGCAUUAUUCAAUUUGCUUAUAAGGACCUAAACUAAUCAAAGUUUGUCAAUAUUAUUUUAUUUUUAACAUAAUUUGUUGUUAUCUAAUCUGUAACAAAUUACCUCUUAAUCCUUUGAUUUUAGAGCCAAAGUAAAAAAACAAAAAACCAACAUACACACACUCAUUCACUUACACACAGUCAUGGUCAUCUUUAGCCAUUAAUAACCAACCAACCUUUUGGCUUUUUUACAUGUUAUUCAUUUUUAGAAGAUCUUCUUCUGACCGCACACUGAUUACAAAACUGUAUUUUCAAAUAUGCCAACCAAGAUAUCUUGUCCAGUUUUCAUUUUUCCUUACUUAGCAGCUAAAAGCUGCUCAACAUAAGGCUGCGCAAUGCAUUUUUGGAAGAGGACACCUUUUUUUUUUUGUUGACUGACCUGUUUCAUCAUGGAAGGACUUACUCUGGCUUCUUUUGGAUCUCAGUUAUACUCUAAUGCAUCUCUGGAAAUACCUUCAUUGGAUGUCAAUCUCUGGGAUUUACAGCUAUUUCAUUACUGAUGGAAACCUGGAAAACAAUUGCAAUACUCCUCAUGGAGGGAUCCUUUGCACUGAAGUGUUAUUGAAUACCGACGAAAACUCAGCACUUGCACACUCAAGAUCAGAUGCACGCACACACACUUUUUUAUUGCUCUCUGCAUGCAGUGCCACACACCCAGGGCCCGCUGUUCAGCAUUUGCCUCUUAGCUUUGUAGCUACGCUGGAUCAUGUUCUUUUCUGAAGACAUAUGCAUAAACACAGUUUUUCUAGUUAGUACUUCAUGCUUCAUUACUUUUUAUGGGCUCAUCCAUCUAAACCUAUACAGCAUGGAUCUUAAACUGUGAUUGCACCAAGUUCUUAAUCAUGCUUUCUUUCUUGUCACAUCCUCGUCAUACAGGCUGGUUUGGGGGGAUGAGAAUGAUGUAUGUUUUCUUUGUCAACCACUUUCAAAAAGCCAGAGAAAAAUACCAAGCAAAAUGUUUAAAUGCUUCAAAGUAAAUCAGUUUAUUGGCCAACAUUUACUGGCUUUGCCUGUAAUGUUAAUUGUAUUCCAGCAUCCACCACAGCUAUUUGUGAAUCUGAAUGUAGCUUGUAGAUUCUUUUCUCUAUUCAUCCCUCUUUUAACAAAGAUAGACAAAUGCUGGAUUUUACUGCUUUCUAAGUCUCUCGUAUUCUGGAAAAUGAAGAAAAACCACUGUUCAGUGUGUGUAGCCGAGCAAAGCACCACUUGUUUUAAGAGUGGGGGGGUGGGUUGCAAUCCUAAAAGGCCUUUGUCAGUGAUUCAGUGAGACAAGCUACAAAGAGUCAAUUGUUUUCAUGAUUGGGAUUUUCAUAGGAAAAGACAUUGAAGAUGAUGCAAGUUUUCCUUAAUCCCAGCCAUAAGAAUACCGUUGACACUCGAGAGUCAAUCUUGUUAACAAUACUGUAGAUUUCCAUCUCAUUUAACAUUAAGUGAUUGACUCUUUUCAGCUCCUUGACAGAUUUUGUGCGUGAUAGAUGACGGAGUAACCUGAUGCCAGGUCUGCAGAGGAAACAUGUCAAACCUGAUAGAAAUGAACAGAGAAAAGGGUCACUCGGGGAGCAGAGAGUGAUCUAGUCGUGUUUUGUCUGCCUGUGUGAUGCUCUGUGCCCUUUAAGUCUACAAUUACUAUAAGGCUCUUUUCCCUUGAGUGCUGAGGAACCAUGGAGUGACUAAAGUAAAAAACAACUGUGAACUAUUUUGACCCAUACCAUUUCCUGUUAAACACAAAAACAACAACAAAUAGGUCCUCUAGCUGCAACAGUGGCCAUGCUUGUAGAUUGUUGACCAAAUUACUGGCCUGUUUCUUAUUUUGUGAAUGUAAAAACCAGACUGUCAACUACAUUAUAUCAGUGCUUAACUUGAAAAAGAAUAGGGAAUAAUGAACUUGAUAAGUUGUGCAUUGUUUGUUAAAAUGGGACAUUUUUCUCAGCCAUGUCCACUUGUGUCACAUGUCAAAGUUUGUGCAUCAGUAAAUCUUUUCUGCUUUUUCACAUGUCCACAUAUGUCACGGUAUUUCUAUCCUGUGCUCUGUUUUUCUGUAUAAAGACUCCCGAGGCAAUCACACUGCCACCAGAUUUAGUUCCGUUUAUUUAUUUCAGACUUGAUGUCUGUAUUUUUUCUUUUCGAUGACAAAUGUGGGCCUUCGUGUGAACUUUUGCAGAAAUGAAAAGCACAUGAUGCUUGGCUUGUUUUUGUUACACUUUGUCUGUUUACAGUGUGAAAAUCUUCCACCCUUUUGUUUUUGAUUUAUUAAACUGCUUUGCGCUUACAAAUGAGCGUCUGAAACUUUGUAACCACAUUCACACAAGAAUGCAUCCAAUAUAUCUGUACAUUUUUGAUUACAAAGAAGAAGGGCCUUUUUUAUUUGUUGUUUUUUUUUAUUCCAAGCUCCCUUUCUCAGUUUUAUCAUCCUGGUAGCUUUAAUCUCAGUGGAACAGGCUGGGUGAGAGAAUGUUUUUGUUUUUGUGCAGCAUGUGGCACUUUGACUGUGCUAUCACACUUGGAAAGAGGUUGGCUUUGCAGGGGGGGUAGUCAGCUAUCAAUACACUUUAUUGAUUGCUGAGAUAAAAGCCAUUGCUGCCGUUGGUCUGAAUUGGGAAAGAUACAUAGAGACAAGGACAAAGAGGCAGUGUGAUGACAAAAAAGACACAGCUGAUGCAUGUGGAUCUGGAACAUCUGUGUGAUUCUUUGUGCUCUAGAAAUAGAUAGAAGGUACCGACUUAUUCUUUGAAGAAGACACAUGUUGUUUGAAAAAGCACACAUGUUGUCUUUUGAGUGCAUAUCCAUGUGAAGUAAUAGGAUUUGGUGCAGUGCGAAUCCCCUUUGUAAUGGUGCAGCAGCCCCUCUCAUACUCUCCUCAUUCAUCUCUUUCUCUCUAUCUCUCUCCCUGUUUCUCUAGUUCUGCAUGCUGAGGUUUAUGUAAAAGCCUUACGUAAGGCACUCACUGCUACCGGCCCACUACAUCAAGGCACAGGAUGCUGACAGAGAGAAUGGUGUGUGCUGGUGCGUUUGAGGAUGUCAGCUGAUCCUAUCAUUAAUCUGCUGGAUGAGUACAUUUGCUGUCAAUGAUUGCCUGCUUGUUUUAGUGCAGAAAUCCUGUGUGCAAGUGCACAAUAAAGACAAUUUAUAUUGUGCUGACUCAGAAGGUUGACAUCCAAAUGAAGAGGAAGUCAGGAUGCUGAAAUCUUCAGUGUCGUUAAAUGAAGCCCUUUAUAAGUUUUGAGUAACACUUGGGUAAUGGUAAAUUAGAGUGCAAGUACCUCGAGUAGAGAACAGCAUUAAUCAGACUCAAUAUAAAAGAGUCACCCUAGAAUUUGUCUGUUAGCUGACACAUUACCCAGACAACAUUUGUCAUAUUUAUAGUCAUAGUCAGUAGCUGAAGAAACAUCAGUGUAAAAAACAAGUAUAAAAGAUUGUUUAAAGAUGUUUGUCUAGUAGUCUCAUAAACUAUGUACUUUCUCAGCCUCUCAAGACACUAGACAUUUCAAAUUUAAAACAUUAAAACAUUUGAGAGGCUAAACCAUCUGCUUUUAGAAAAAGGAGUACAUUUCUGUCCUUGACCUCACUUUUGUCAAACUAAGAAUAGUUAGUGUAUCCUGCAAACAUUAAUGUGACAUGAAGUCACUCCAAGUGGUAUGCACAUAUAUAGUACAUUAGUUUUUGUUAAAUAAACAAACA